AUGGUAGGAGAUAUACUGAAGAAUGAAGAUUUAAACAAUUUUUUAGUCAUAUCUUCAUUAUUGUUUGUAGGUAAUUUUAUUGAAAUACUUAAAUUACUUGGCAACUAUCAUGGAGCUCUCAUGGCUCACUUAGACAAAAUGUGGUCGAAAAAAGAUAAAAAGAAUCGUUUAACAUUCAUGUCACAUGAAAGUCAGAACAAUCUUUUACAUAUUCUUGGAAAUCAAGUACGUUCGGUUAUAAUAAAAGAUUUGAUCAACGCUAAUUUAUUUGCUGUUAUUAUUGAUACAACUACUGACAUUUCUAAUAUAGAGCAGUUCUCGCUUAUAGUGCGAUAUGUGCAUGAAGGCAAAAUAAAUGAAAGGUUAUUAUGUUUGGAAGCAGCUUCAGAUGCUUCUGGUAAAGGAACGUAUGAUACAUUUUGUGCUAUCUUAGAAAAAUACCAAAUCAACUGGAAAGACAAAUUAUGUGCUCAGGCAUACGAUGGGGCUGCGUCCAUGCAAGGAGUUUAUUCUGGACUAAAAACUUUCAUACAAAAUGAAAAUCCCCGGGCAGUCUACAUAUGGUGCUUUACUCAGUAG